AUGAAGUUGACUGUUAAUAUGAUAUUGCAAAAUGCUACAUCGACUUCUUCACCAGCAGAAAUAAAAGAAUUUGCAGAUUGGUUGCUUCAAGUGGGAGAUGGUACAGUUAAAACGAUUGAUGAGGAAGAAACACUUAUUGAGAUUCAUCCAAAUCUUCUUAUUGAACAGUGUAAGGAACCGUUGCUUGAAUUAGUUAAUUUUGCAUAUCCGAAACUUGCGCAUAAUUUGCAAAAUAAUUCAUUCUUUCAAGAAAGAGCGAUUCUUGCACCAACACUUGAAAGUGUAGAGGAAAUCAACAACUUUAUGUUAGCAAUGAUUCCUGGUGAUGAAACAGAAUAUUUGAGUUAUGAUACUCUGUGCAAGUCAGACGAAGAUUCGGGUGUCAAUGCAGAAUGGUUUACAUCUGAAUUCUUAAAUGAUUUCAAAUGCUCUGAAAUUCCAAACCAUGCAAUUAAACUGAAAGUUGGUGUCCCUAUCAUGCUCAUUCGAAACAUAGACCAAGCUGCAGGGCUGUGUAAUGACACUCGAAUGAUAGUUAUAUAA